ACAGGGCUGGACACGUGCUGUGCUCAGGAAAGAAAGUAAAUCCCAUCUAGCAAAUUGCUCUAACUGAUUCAUUUGUCCUCAGAGAGACUCCGCCUACCUGCUUGCAGGUAUCCAGGCACUUGUAAGCCAAAGUUAAGCCUGGCCACUGUUGAGGUUGCCCAACAGUCUGCUUCGUUCAAGCACAAGGGAUGAGAGCUGCUCAGUUGCUGCUGCUUUGAGAGCCCCAGACAGACACUUAAAAAGAUGGCCCCUGGAAGAUCUUGACUUCCUCCUGAAGAAACAUCAUUUUCCAGAGUCUUCUGUCGAACUGUUCCCAGACAACCAUGAUCCAGCCUGAUGCUGUCGAUGACCCAGAUCCCAGGCCCGAUCCCCUGUGUGUGGUGUGUGGCCAAGCCCACUCCCCCGAAGAAAACCACUUCUACACCUAUGUGGAAGAUGUGGACGAUGACCUCAUAUGCCACAUCUGCCUGCAGGCCUUGCUGGACCCCCUGGACACUCCAUGUGGACACACCUACUGCACCAUCUGCCUCACCAACUUCCUGCUGGAGAAGGACUUCUGCCCUGUGGACCGCAAGCCCAUUGUCCUUCAGCACUGCAAGAAGUCCAACAUCCUGGUGAACAAGUUCCUCAACAAGCUGCUAGUCACCUGCCCUUUCACAGAGCACUGUACUGAAGUGCUGCAGCGCUGUGACCUCCAGCAUCACUUCCAGACAAGCUGUAAAGGUGCCUCCCACUACGGCCUGACCAAGGACAGGAAGAGGCGUUCCCAAGAUGGCUGCUCUGAUGGCUGCGCGAGUCUCAUGGCCUCCCCACUCUCCCCAGAGGUUUCGGUAGCUGCCACUGUCUCCUUAACGACUGAUGAGCCUGGCCUAGACAACCCUGCCUACAUGUCCACAGUGGAGGAUAGUCAGCCAGAAAACAGCCCCACGGACACUGGCAGGAGCAACCGAAACAGGGCAUGGCCCUUUGAGCGAUCCAGUAUCAGAAGCAGAUCUUUUAAAAAAUUUAAUCGAGCCUUGAAUGUUCUUCGAAGGACAAAGAAUGGGAGCGUUUUUGCCAACCAUGCUGAUCAGUGCAGGGGAAACCAUGAAAAUGCCACGGAAGCCUUUCCAAGGUUGUAUCACCUGAUUCCACACGGGGAGAUUACCAGCAUCAAGAUCAAUCGAAUGGAUCCCAACGAAAGCCUCUCCAUUCGGCUUGUGGGAGGCCGUGAAACCCCACUUGCCCACAUCAUUAUCCAGCAUGUUUACAGUGAUGGAGCAAUCGCCAGAGACGGCCGGCUGCUGCCUGGAGACAUCAUUCUAAAAGUCAAUGGGAUGGACAUCAGCAACGUCCCUCACAACUAUGCUGUGGGCCUUCUGCAACAGCCCUGCCAGGUGCUGUGGCUCACAGUGCUGCGUGAACAGAAGUUCCAAGGCGGGAGAAGCAGACAUGCCUUGGACUCUUAUGUACCUCGAAAUGACAGUUUCCACGUGAUACUCAACAAAAGUACCCCGGAGGAGCAGCUUGGAAUAAAACUGGUACGCAAGGUGGAUGAGCCUGGUGUAUUCAUCUUCAGUGUGCUAAAUGGUGGUGUGGCAGACCGACAUGGCCAGCUGCAAGAGAAUGACCGCAUAUUGGCCAUCAAUGGACAUGACCUGCGACAUGGCAGCCCAGAAAGUGCAGCCCAUCUGAUUCAGGCCAGUGAAAGGCAUGUUCACCUUGUUGUGUCCCGCCGAGUUCAACAGCAGAGCCUAGACAUCUUUCCAGAAGUCAGCUGGACUCUCAAUGGCAACCAGUCCCUGUGUCCAGGGGACAAGAACAUCUCUGCCAAGCCUCUCCGUCCAGCAGUAGCCUGUCAUGAGAAGGUGGUAAGUGUCCGAAAAGACCCCAGCGAAUCUCUUGGCAUGACCGUUGCAGGGGGAGCCUCACAUAGGGAAUGGGACUUGCCUAUCUAUGUCAUCAGCAUUGAACCUGGAGGAGUCAUAAGCAGAGAUGGAAGAAUAAAAACAGGUGACAUUUUGUUGAAUGUGAAUGGAGUUGAACUCAUAGGGGUCAGCCGGAGCGAGGCAGUUGCCUUGUUGAAAAGCACAUCCUCCUCAGUGGUACUAAAAGCCCUGGAAGUUAGAGAACAUGAGCCCCAGGAAGACUGCAGCAGCACAGCAGCCCUGGACUCCAAUGACAAUAUGACUCCUUCUAGCAACUGGUCCCCAACCUGGGUCAUGUGGCUAGGAUUAACACGGUACUUUCGUAACUAUAAAGAUAUUGUAUUAAGAAGAAACACAGCUGGAAGUCUGGGCUUCUGCAUUGUAGGAGGUUAUGAAGAAAACAAUGGGAACAAACCUUUUUUUAUCAAAUCCAUUGUGGAAGGAAUGCCAGCAUACAAUGAUGGAAGAAUUAGAUGUGGUGAUAUUCUUCUUGCUGUCAAUGGUAGAAGUACAUCAGGCAUGACACCUGCUUGCUUAACAAGGACGCUGAAAGACCUUAAAGGAAGAAUUACUCUCACUAUACUUUCUUGGCCUGGCACUUUUUUAUAAAAUCACUGAUGGCACUCAUAAAAACAGAAAAAUCAUAAAUAGGCCAAAAUAAAAUAUUUAUCUUGUCAAUUUUUAUAUUUAAAGGUUAUUAAAAAAAUGUCAAGAAAAGUAUGAUCUAAUGAAGACCAGCUAUACCUCAGAGACCCUUCUCAGAAAAUAAAAACUACUAAUACUUUUUAUUCAGUAUGGAAGAUUUCUCAUUACUACACAACUUUUAAGUUUAUAUUUUUCUAUUCAAUAAAAAGCCACUGAAUAAUUAAAAAUGGUUUCUAUGCCCCAUUCAACUCAUCAACUUAAAGAUCUGGUCUAAUCUCAGUUCUGCAGAGUCCACUAUGAGAAUUUUAUUUAUUUAUUUUUGUUGGUACCAGGGAUCAAACUCGGGUCCCUGCGCUUGUGAGGCA